UUAUGCAGUCAUUACAACCAAAAAUUCCAGAAAUUGGCAGUGAAUUUCUAGCAGUAGAAAGUUUCAAGAAAGCUGUCCAAGAAAGUGCUAAAAUAGCAGGCUUUGCUUUUAAUAUAUCAUCAUCAAAAAUGACACGCAGUGAAAAAAAGAAACCUGAAAAAGAGUUAAAUCUACAAAGUGCAAAAACUGCCCUGUUAGAUUGCAUGCUGUUUUAG